UCAUUUUUCCACUUUCUGUAGCUGAAAGUGAAGCCAAAUUCGUAGUUGUACUUGUACAUAUAAACUGGGACCAUAAUUUUCUGCAGGGCCAUUGUUGUUUUGUUUGAAUAUACCCCAUGGGAAGAACACCUUGCUGUGAUAAAAAUGGGCUCAAGAAAGGCCCAUGGACGCCUGAAGAAGAUCAGAAACUCAUGGAUUAUAUUCAGAAAAAUGGACAUGGAAAUUGGAGGACUCUUCCCAAGAAUGCAGGGCUCCAAAGAUGUGGGAAGAGUUGUCGUUUGCGGUGGACUAAUUAUCUGAGGCCUGAUAUCAAACGAGGGAGAUUUUCAUUUGAGGAGGAAGAAACCAUCAUUCAACUCCACAGUGUUUUGGGCAACAAGUGGUCUGCAAUUGCGACUCAAUUACCAGGAAGAACCGACAACGAAAUAAAGAACUAUUGGAACACGCACAUAAGAAAGAGGCUUCUACGAAUGGGAAUUGACCCAGUGACACACAGCCCACGCCUUGAUCUUCUGGACUUGUCCUCAAUUUUACGCUCCACUCUCUACAACUCUUCACAAAUGAACCUUUCAAACUUGCUGGGAGUGCAGCCUUUGGUCAAUCCCGAGCUUCUUAAGUUGGCCGCCUCAUUAAUGUCUUCUGAUCAACGUAAAAGUCCAAGCUUUUCCCCUCAAAAUUCAUCGCACGCCAUUCAAUUUUCUCGUCCUCAGCUACAGCAAAUUAUGCAAGUUCCUAAUUUGCAAGAAAUUGUUCAAUAUCCCGAGGAAGCAACGACGCAGCUGGUGGAGCCAAUUGGAAGCGAAUUAAAUGAUCAAUGGCAAAGUGGUUCGAUUUUGCCAUCAAAUUUAAGCCAAGAAUGUGAUUUUGUUGAUCAUUUGCCGAGUUUUGAUUAUUGUGGACUGGAUCAUUCAUACGAAACGACGACGUUUGGUUCCCACAACKGCAACAAUAACCAGAACUUUAGUUUGGCUUCGGUUUUAUCUUCUCCUUCUUCGUCAAGCCCUACCCAGAUGAAUUCCAACUCUUCCACAUAUUUCACCAGUGCUACCGAAGACGAGAGAGAGAGUUAUUGCAGCCAGAUGUUGGAUUUCGAAAUUUCAGAUAUCUUUAAUGAAGGAUUCAUGUAAUGUGUAAUAUACGGUAGAAAAUCAAAUAAAUCCGCGGAAUUUAAUUUUGUGUC